GGCUGGGGGAGGGAAAGAGAAAAAACCGAACCAGUCUCCCCACCUUGGUGUGAAACCGAAGAGGGCAGAAAAACCUGAAGUCCCUGUGCUCCAGCCCAAUCUCUUUCCUGCCUAUAAAUAACUAUCCAAGAGGCACUUCAAAGGGAACUGGGAGCCCCGGCGUGGGGACUUUGGGGGCCGAGGGAGGAGGGAGGUAAGACUUAAUCUUCCAUCCCACUGAGUAACUUUGCAUAAAUAAAUAAUUAGUGAGAAAGAGGAAGAAAGGGGGAAAGGAGAGAGAGAGGAUACAGGUAGAGGGAUAGGAGAGAAGCUAGGGAGGGGAGAAAGUUGGAGGGAAGGAGUAAAGACAGACACAGAGACACCCAGAGACAGAGGAGGGGAGGGAUAGUGGGAGGGAGGAAGGGAGUGAGUGAGAGAGAGAGAGAGAGAGAGAGAGAGAGAGAGAGAGAGAGAGAGAGAGAGAGAGAGAGAGAGAGAGAUUGGAGUCAUUCAGUGGUGUAGGGGAUGCAGCAAGGCUUGCUCAUCGGAUGCCUGUAGCUAGGGAGUAGUGUGUCAUGUUACAGAGGCGCCCGAGCCGGGCCCGGCACACCUCCGAGGAGGGGGCGGCGGUAGCAGACACCUCUCUCUAAUGGGGACUCUUCUGGCCGAUCCCUCCCUUGCUUCACCGCGGAACCGAAACUGACAAACCCCGGGGGGACCCACCCCAGCCAGAGAAAGGAGGAGGAGGAGGAGGAGGAGGACGCCGAGGAGGAGGAGGAGGAGGAGGAGGAAGAGCAAGAGAGGGAGGACACCAGCUCGGUAGCUCUCUUGCUUGCUCCCCGCACAAGCCCCGGGACGGGCACGGACGUUCAUUGGAGUGCGCAGAGCCUCGGCCCCACCACCCCACCGCCCUUGGACGGACUCCUGCGCGCCGCGCGCGGCCCGCCCGGCUCUCCAAGUUUGCGCCCAGGCGCUCACCAGCACCGUGCCCGUCACCCUUGUCCUCCGCGCUGCUGGUUGGCUGCCCCCUUGAGUGCCCCCGCGCUGGAGGCAGACGGCGAGCCGGCCCGCGCCGCGCUUUACUUUUUCCUGGGCUCUCGGGCGACCGGACCGCGGAGGACGGGCAUGGUCGAGGACAAGACUCGCCAAGGGGCCAGCGACGCGGCGGCGACGGCGGCCCGGGCGGAGCCGUGCCCCCGGCCCCCGCUGCCCCGGAGCUGCGUGCUGCUGGGCGGCGUGUCCCUCUUCUCGCUGGCGCUCAGCCUCCUGGUGCACUUUCGGAGCGCGGAGCUGCAGUCCCGCCUGGGCCGGCUGGAAGCCGAGCAGCGGCGCCCGCCCCCGCAGCAGCCCCCGCAGCCCCCCGCCUGGCUGGCCGCGCACCAAAUGGAAGAGGCUAUUUUGGGAAGAGUCAACCAGCUGCUGGAGGAGAAACUGAAACUUCAUUUGACCAGGCGUCGCGAGCCCCGGGAUACGUCAUUGAGAUGUAACUGUCCCCCAGGUAAGGAGCAGCCUGGGCAGGAAGGGCGUGAGGGGGGGACUCGGGGUCACACACCGACGCAACCCUCCCUGUGCCCUCCGUCGCCCGUGUUUGUGUGUGUGUGUGUGUGUGUUGGGGUGGCAAGCAAAAAUGUGAUCAUCCCGCUCGAGUUUGGUGGGAGAUUUUGGUUAUAAAGUUUAUAAAACCGUGCUGGCCUUGCAGAGCUGGAUGGGAGGAGGCAUGCUAUAUUGCAGAAUUUGAAAUCAGGAGACCUGGGUUUGAACUGAAGCUUUGUCACCGACUCUUGUAUGUUAUUUGGCCAUCUGGACUUUCCACUCUCUGGACUCAGUUUUCCUACCUGUAAAAUGAAGCAGCCAAGUCACUGAGAAUUUAUUAGCUCUUCUGGUGUAACUUGGAGGCAAUAGAGUGCAGUUAAAAAAAAGUGUACCUGUUUAGAGUUGGAGGGCAUGGGUUCAAAUCCU